AAGUGUUCCAGCUGUAGAUGAGGCGUUUCUGCUGCUUUGUGAUGUCGGUCAGCAUGAAGGUGUUCAUCUCCUCCAUCCUGCUCCUGCUCUCAGGUGUGAGCUCGGUAUGCUGUGUGGGGACAGUGAAGGGGUCUGUGGGAGAAAGUGUGGGAAUCAAUUGUGUAUAUCCUGAAGAAUAUGAACUCCAGUCAGUGUACCUGAAGAAAAUUGAUGGAUACAUUAUCAUUGAAAUAUUAAAAAGCCAUGGGAAAACAUAUACCAAAGGCAGAUACUCUCUGUAUCAUGACACAGAGAGCAGAAUAAUCACUGCUACAAUACACAACCUGAACAUAGAGGAUGCUGGGACAUACAUAUGUGUGCCUACUUCAAUGGACGGUAACAAUGAAGAGGAGUAUCUUUACACAGAAUUCAGGCUGGAGGUGGAGCAGGCCCCUCCCACCCCCACACCACCACUGACCACAUCAGCACACAGCAGCCCUACAGGUGACACUCUCUUGUCCAGAGACACAGGAGCAGGUGGGAUUUGUACACAUUCAGAAGAAGGCCAUCUUACAUUUGUCUUUGUGAGACUGGUAGCAGCUGCUCUGUGCUUUGCUCUGCUGCAUUCAGCUUCCAUGCUCAUGAGAAACAGAGGGAAAGGAAAAGAAGAGAAGGGUUUGGACUUGGAAAGCCGUAGUCGCCGUCAGAAUAUACGCCUAAUUGGAAUAGAGGAGGGGAAAGAGGGGAACAACCCGCGACAAUUCUGUGCGGCUGCAUUGAAGGAGAUAUUGGACCUGGAAGACACACCACGCCUUGACCGUGGCCAUCGUUCGCUGGCACCAAAACCUCGAGACGGUGAGAGGCCAAGGCCGUUCAUAAUUCGAGUACACCACGGAGACGUGAAGGAUCGCAUCCUCCGCGUUUCAAGUCAAAAGAAGCAGCUGUUCUACAAUGAGAAGCGUGUGCACAUAUUUCCCGAUUUUGCACCAGAAGUAGCCAAGAAGCGAGCUGCUUUUGCCGAGGCGAGGCAGCUCCUUAAAGGUAUCAAGGAUGUCAAGUUUGGUCUUCGUUUUCCAGCCAUAUUUCGUGUCACGUUCAAAGGUGAGGAGAAAUCUUUCACUAAUCCCGAACUGGCAGUAUCCUACAUAAAGGAUAACAUCCUCCCAUCAUCAUGA